AUGAAGGGCAAAUCUGGUACCACGAGACAGACUCAACGAACAUUCGACCCUGUCCAUUUGAUCUUGUGGGCCCACCGUCUCCUGCCUCUGCUGACGGGAGAGGCCCAGCUCGCGGCCCACAGCCUACCAGCGGCGGCCCAAAAGGACUUUGACACCGUCGCCAGGGCUAUCCGGGACCGGUUAGGCCUAAACCCGGAGGAACAUCGCCGCCGGUUCCGGGCCCUGGCCUUCACCGACGGCGACCGGCCCUUCACCUACGCCCAGCAGCUGCGGGACCAGGUGAGGAGGUGGCUGGGCCCGGAAAGAAACACACAGGAAGAGAUAGUGGAGCAGGUGGCCCUGGAGAGGUGCGUUGAGGGGCUUCCGACCAGAACAUCAACCUGGGUCCUGUACCACCAGCCCGGGAGCCUCUCGGCGGCCGUCAGCAUCGCGGAGGGCCACCUGGCUCCCCCUCUGUCGGACCAAUGAAUGCCCUGCAGCGGGACAGGCCCACCCCGGGGCCGAGGGCGAGAUGGGGGGGGGGCUCCCAGUCAGGAGCAGGCACAUACUGCACCUUCCCAUCCCAUCCCGCAGACGGGCACUCAGACGGCAGGGGAGGCGUGUUGGCGGUGCGGACGGCCGGGCCACCUUCGGCGGGACUGUCCGUUGAUGGAGGUGGGCCAGGUCGUCCGCGUCACCGGUGCCCCGGUUCUUCCCCACGGUCCCGGCAAGGUGUACCGUAUCCCGUGAGGGGAGAGAGAGGGAGAGAAGGAAGGCGCUCUCUGCGAGCCAGAGAGAGCGUCGAUAGACCACGAGACGGACUGAACGAACAUUCAACCUUGUCCAUUUGUUCUUGUGACAUUGUGUUUAUUUGCCACAACUGGAAAUAAACAGUUUGCUUCAUUUUGACUAAAGAACUGUGUCCUGACUGCUGUGAACCCGUUACAACAACAUUUGCCACAACACAGGCAAAGUUAAGGACCAAGAUACAAUACCUGUGGCAAUUUCAUAAUAUCCCUUCCUGGCAGCUGGUGUGAGUUUCCGUUCUUUGUGGGUGUCAACCAUGAAGUUCACCUCAUCCUUCUACAGUGUCACAUCAAAGGAGACAUGGAUUUUCUUUUUAAAUUAUAGCAAACAGCAUAUGAUAGCAUAUUUACAUCUGGCUGUCAUUCGGUAGUCGUAAAACUGAACUGUCAUGACAGUUGUUUUCAGUUCCAUUGACAGAUGACAGGCGCGGAGCUAUCGUUAUCACUUUAUUUUUUAUUUUUUCCUUUGAUGCAGACCGACCUGUUUGCGGUCUAUCUUUGGUCUUCGUCUAUUGUUUUAAUUUGCCCCCCUCAUGGAGAUGCCUUGGCCUAGGAUGGCUGGGGCUGCUGGGUCAUCAUUAAUGUUUUUCGUGUUUCUGUCUGUUUUGUAUUGUGUUUGUUUCUUGUCAGUUUUGUGUUUCUGUGUUGCAGGCCUAUUUUUUUGUGUUAUAUUGUCACAACCCUCUACAACAUUUUUUGAUCUAAUCUGCCUAGCCCUGAACAGUGUUAUUAUCCAUAUAAACCUAAAUAUCCCAAAUGAAUAAUAGUAAAGGUUUAAAAAUCAUUCAUCUGAAUAUUCGAAGUCUUGUGCCAAAAAUGUAUUUACUUUGUUCAUGGGUAGCCCAAUAUUAUUACUCUGUCCGAAACAUAGCUCAAUAGCAACAUCUCAGACAAUGAAAUAAAACUAGAAAAUUACGUAUUAUAUAGAGCUGAUAGAGGCUCCAGGGGAGGUGGUGUGGCUACCUAUGUCUCUUCUAAUUUAACUGCUGAGCUAAUUACACCUACAGUUAAACCAACACACUUUGAAUGCCUUUUUGUUAAAAUUAUAUUUCAUCAGAAUAAAUAUAUUACUGUUGGUAAUGUAUAUAGACCACCCUCUGCCCCGGUAGAGUCCUCCAAGUGCUUGAUGUCUACCCCCUCUAAAAAUGAAAUGAUCAUUCUAGGCAAUUUUAACAAAAAUUGGCGAGAUAAGUCCUCUCGCAAAGAUAAAAAUAACUUUGAAAAACUAAAUUGAACACAAAUCA